GUGCGCUAAUGAAUCAGAGCCAGUUAGAAGACUCGGUGAGUCUGCAGGAGUCCGAGAUUACUGAUGAAACAUCUAUUGAUGAUAUUGUUAAGAGCAUAGAGAAUUCUACCUCUAAAAAGAAUAAGAAAAAGAGAAGAAAGAAGAAUAAAAAGACUGAUCACCAAAAAGAUUUACCUGAAGAAGAGGUUUCAAAUGAAAAUGUGAAAGAAGAAGCAAAAAAAACUCUCCCUGUUACAACAGUUACGACUAAGGAAGAUGAAAAGAUAAAAGCGGAUGUUAAGGCUAGUUCGACUCAGAGGUUUCAGAAGGAAGAACAGAAAGAGAGGAAACCUGCUCAAUCCGCUCCUAAGAUAAAGCAAGAUGAUGUCUUCAGACCCAGGAAAAUUGAACUCACCGAUAGCUUUUGGGAUAUUUAUAAUAGCAGUGUCAGCAGUGGCUCAGACAAUGAGUCACUUCCAGACUAUAAGGAAGGUGGAUAUCACCCAGUUCAUAUCGGAGAAACAUUUAAUAAAAGAUAUAGAGUUCUUAAAAAGCUUGGCUUUGGUGCCUUCUCAACUGUCUGGUUCUGCCAUGAUAUGUUUCAUAACAAAUUUGUUGCUAUUAAAGUCCAAAAAUCAGAAGAAAGCUACUAUUCAGCAGCAGAGGAUGAAAUAGAAAUUUUAGACAAAAUAGUUGAUAACAUAAAAACUGAAGAAUGGAAAGAGUCAAUUGAAGAAUAUAAUGAGCCUAAUAAUAUAAACUCUGCUCACUGUCUCCAUAUGAUGGAUCAUUUCACUUUUGAAGGACCUCAUGGAAAGCAUAUAGGUAUGGUCUUUGAAGUCAUGGGACAUAACCUUCUUAAAGUAAUGAAGCUAUACGACUGGGACGGAAUUCCUUUACCAAUCGCAAGAACUCUCGCUCGGCAAACUCUAAUCGGCCUGGAUUAUCUUCACAGGCUAUGUAAUGUUAUUCAUACUGAUAUAAAACCUGAAAAUGCUAUCCUAUGUCCGAAUGAGAAACAGCUAAUGGAGCAUUUGGAUACAAUCCCAGACCACUUUAAGACAAGCAUUCAGGGUCCAAUCCAGUCAAGUAUGUUCUUCAGCAAGGAGCAGAACAAGAUAAAUAAAAGAAAAAAGAAAAAUAAGCCCAAAAAGAAAGAAAACAAAAAUACAGAAGAAGACAAAGAAGAGGAUGAAAAGAAAAUUCUUGACGAAAGCGUACAGGUCAAACUCUGAGAUUUCGGAAACGGAUGCUGGAUAGACCAUCAUUUUACCUCCAAUAUUCAGACAAGACAGUACAGAUCACCAGAAGUAAUCCUUGGUGGAGAAUAUAAUGAAACAUGUGACCUCUGGAGUUAUGCAUGUAUGGUAUUUGAACUUAUCACUGGAGAUUAUCUCUUCCAUCCUAAAAAGAGAGAUGACUGUAGUAAAGAGGAUGAUCAUAUCGCCUUUAUUAUUGAGCUCAUUGGUAAACCAGAACUUAAGUGGCUGAAGCAGUGCAAGAGAUAUAGAAAGUUCUUUACAACUAGAGGAAGGAUGAAGAAGAUUUUCCAUCAUAAAAUCUGGAAGCUAAAAGAAAUCUUGAUUGAUAAAUAUUGAUUCAAGGAAGAAGAGGCUGAACCUCUUGCUGAUUUCCUCAUGCAAGCUUUGCAAUGGAAAAAUGAAGAUAGAAAAUCUGCUCAAGAGAUGCUCAGACAUCCUUGGCUUUCAAUGCCAUCAAAUUACGAUUAUCUUGUAGAAGGCUCGGAUGACGAUGAAUCACAAAAGGAGGAUGACGAUACAGCGUCUUGGGUAACUGUUAGUUCUGAUGAAGAAUCAGAUGCUGAUGAUGAAGAAUCAGAAGCUGAUGAUGAAGAUAAAGAUAAUGAUAGCGGAUCAACUAGCAGUUAUGAUUUAUGAUAAAUUAGCUAGCACCUGGACUCAAUAAAUAAUU